AUGCCCCGCGAUGAUACCCCAGAGCUCGAAGAUGCUGCUCCAACCAACAAUGUCUUAACCAGUGCACUGAGGAGAAAUCCAGUGCACGUCACAGCCGAUCUUGCCUCGCAAGGCCCAGUGUUCCUCUCCAGACCCUUCUUCGGCCCUCUCCUGUUCGAUAACAAUGCAUCCGACGCCCGCGAUCACUGCGCCAACGAGCGAACAUUCCUCUCGUGGCUGCGGCUAUCCAUGUACCUCUCCAUCGUUGCCUGCGCAAUCAUAAUGUCCUUCCACCUCCGGUACAAGCCGUCGCAGUUGGAGUUGCGCAUGGCGCUCCCGCUCGGCAUCAUCUUUUGGGUUUUGUCAUUCAUCUGCCUGUGUAGCGGGUUCGCGACUUACAUACGGACAAUGACCAAAUAUAGUCGAAAUGCUGCGCUGGUGCAGAGUGGUUGGAAGACGCAGGUGGUUUUCACCGUUGUUGCUAUAUCGAUCAUUGGGACGUGUAUCAUACUCUUAAGCACGGAUCCUCCAGCAAAGCCGUAA